AACGGAGAAGAAACUGGUCUCUUCGUACACAAGCCUCGCGCCCUGAACGAGCCCCAUUGGCUCGACCAAACACUAAACAAGCACCGUUUGGUAAGGUGGCUGAUUCAUCGUGACAGGUCCUAAUUGAUCAGUCUCACCGGGAUGCUAUAUAAACCCACGGCUCCAAUCCUAUGUAGCUACAUCAUUUCACACGCCAAAAUCAGCCACAUCCGAUCGAGGAAUAUCUAUCUGAUCAUCGGCUAUCACUGGUAGUACAAACUGUAAAGAGUUUGCCUAUAGCCUGAUUCGUCAGAACAUGGCAGCGCCUCUUCUGUGCUUCGCCGUCGUGGCCGCGGCGGCUUUCGUCGGCGCGUCGGGGCAGGAGCUCACGGCGGACUACUACGACGAGGCGUGCCCGCAGGCGCUGUCGGCCAUCAAGCUUGUCGUCGGCUCGGCCAUCGUGAAGGAGCCCCGGAUGGGCGCCUCUCUCGUCCGGCUGCACUUCCACGACUGCUUCGUCAACGGCUGCGACGGCUCCAUCCUGCUGGACGACACCGAGGACAUGGUCGGGGAGAAGACGUCCAAGGCCAACAACAUGUCCGUGCGAGGGUUCGGCGUGAUCGACGCCAUCAAGACCGCCGUGAACACGGCGUGCCUGGGGAAUGUCGUCUCCUGCGCCGACAUCCUCGCCGUUGCCGCUCGCGACUCCAUCGUUGCACUCGGGGGAAGCUCGUACGACGUGCUCCUCGGCCGGCGGGACGCGACGACGGCGAGCCUGGACGACGCGGACGACAGCAUCCCGAACCCGUUCAUGGACCAGCCGGAGCUGCUGGCCAACUUCCAGGCGCAGGGCCUGUCGCUCCGGGACCUGGUGGUGCUCUCGGGCGCACACACGCUGGGCUACUCCCGCUGCGUCUUCUACCGCGACCGCCUCUACAACGAGACGGACACCCUGGACCCGACCUACGCGGCGGCGCUCGACGAGCGGUGCCCGCCCGCCGGCGACGACGAGGCGCUGGCGUCGCUGGACGACACACCGACGACGGUGGACACGGACUACUACCAGGGGAUCACGCAGGGCCGCGCGCUGCUGCACACGGACCAGCAGCUGUACCUGGGCGACGGGGGCGACAGCGACGCGCUGGUGCAGUACUACGCCGAGAACCCGGACAAGUUCUGGGAGGACUUGGGCGCGGCCAUGCUCAAGCUGGGCGGCCUGGGCCCGCUCACCGGCGAGGACGGCGAGGUCAGGGAGGACUGCCGGGUCGUGAACCGGGGGUGAUCGCCGGUGGCGCGCGCUCGGAUAGAUGGCACGAUAGAGCUGCCGUGGUGGUUUUCGAGCAGAGUGCUCUGCUUGCAUGUAGUUUGUUGAUUUUGUUACGGUUUGUUUGGCCAUGGAUUUUAAACGUUUUUGUUGGAGCUGCAAGGUGCUUGAAGUUUA